AUGACUGAGGAGAAAGAAAUUCAAGCACCGUCUACGGUGAAUGUGGAUAUUCAAACUGUGGAGAAUGUCACGAAGGAUGUAGAGUCCAACGUUGAGAAGGUCUCUGAGAAGCAAUCUAGCGAAAAAGAUGCUAAGACUGGUGUUUCCACAGCCUCUGAAAACACUAUUGAGUCUAAGAACGAGCCAGAAAGUGCUGCAGCAACUACGGCAGUAGAUUCUCAAGAAAAUAGUGCUGCUUCGUCCGUCAGCGGCUCUGAAACUUCCGAAGCUGUGAAGAAUGUCUGGAGACUUCGUCAAGAAAAGAUGCAAGGCAAAGGUGCUUCUAGAAACGAAUCAAAGCCUCAUGGCCAAUUGAAGUUGCAAGAUCAGAAUGUCUGGCCCAGCCCAGAUGCUGUUGAGAAGAAGGCCGUCGGCAACGCUACUGACGAUGUUCAAAAGCCACUGGCCCCGAAGACGAGUGGAAAGGAGAAAUGGGUAGCUAUUACUCCUAACAUCACUCACACUCCCAUUGGUUUCCGUAAGCGCGGUGGCUUCAAUCGCCAUAACCACGAGUUCGGUCGUCGUGGAGGCUUUAACCGUCGUAAGGGAGGUUCUGAUUACCGCCGUAACGGAAACCGUGGAGGUUAUGGUUCAAAGCCCAACAACACAGUUGCUGCCACUGAGGCUGCUGGCGAUUCUAAUGCAACCACAGAGGCCGAGUCCACUAGUGCAGACACUUCUGCCCCUAACGCUACUUCUGCUGAGCCCUCGACUAGCCAAACUAGUGCUGCUGAGACCAACUCAACUUCGCGCACGUCUUCUCCAGCUUCUAACCAGCAGUCCUAUCCCCAUCACCACCCUGAGGGACGUUACGAAAACCGCCGCGGUGAUAUUUACUUGCGUAAGCACAUGGAUGCUGAAGGUUAUGUUCCCUUAUUCUUCUUGGCCAACUUUAAUCGUUUGAAGAAUCUCACUACUGAUAUCAAUGCUAUUCGUGCUGCCUGUGUUGCUUCUUCGGUUGUGGAAGUUCAAGCAAAUGAUGAGUCUCCAUACUUAAGCCGGGUCCGUAAGGCUGAAUCGUGGAAGAACUGGGUCAUGCCCGAAUCCAUGCGUGAGAUUCCAGUUCCUCCUGCUGCUUCCUCUCAGGCUGCAUCUUCUUCCGACAAACCCGCUAGUACUGAUGAAGCCACUGUCACUGAAGGGGUGCAAAAACUAAAGCUUGAAGCUCCUGUUUUCUCCCCCCAGCAAGGUGUUUCUAAUUAG